AUGUUUCAAUUUGGCUACUCCUCAACUCUCCACCAAGACUGUACACCAACAACUAUACAGGAAAUCACUAACAAACUGCAAGAACUCAAUACUGGGCAAAAUGAAUGUCAACAAAUGUUCUCCAACACAGACUCCUACCCCAGCGGUUCUGCCGGAGAUUCCAACUUUUGGACACAGCAGCACGGUCCAGUAUUAUCCGUUCGUGUGUUCAGCAGUGGGAUACUGGACUCUGUGAUGAAUACUUAUUGGUUCCACGAGCUCUCCUCAUACAUUUGGUUAGAAAAACAGGCUCGAGCCGACUUCAGUGACUCCAGGAAACGGUCAAGACCAUACUCCCAUUUACAGCAAGCACGUACCCUUUGGAAUAACAACAUUAAAACGUCCAAUGACAAGAAAGUUCAGCACAUAUUAGACAUCUGGUCGGACAGAAAGGGUGUUGUGUGUUUACAUAUAUUUCAAAAUGUGAUACCGGCAGAGGCUUACACGUAUGAAGCGGCGAUGAUAGCUGCGCUAGGAUUGACUAGAUUGCAGAAUAUUAAACCUGGAAAUUACUAUGGAACAGUGGCUUCAUGGCCGAAGAAGUAUCGCCACAUGCUUGGACGAUAUCUGCUGUACAAAGCCAUGCUGAUCUUCCUCAGCGAAGGAGAACGGCAACUGAGGCCAGACGACCUAGACUGA